AUGAAUCAGUGUCAAGUGAAAUCAUCAAAUUACUCUCAAAUGUUUCAGCUUUACCCACCAGUUUGCUGUCAUUCUGAUCAUUCUGCUCGUUGCACAAAUAAUUGCUGUUGCAUUACCUCCCAACCGAAUCAGAAGUUGGCCUGUCGAAUCAAUGCUAUCACAUCUCGAGUCACAGUGGGAGCAAGAACCGGCUGUCUGGAAUUCGCUAAUGGAAGUAUGGGCCAGAAAAUCGUUAAUAUCAUUUUUGCUUAA